AUGAGACAGAACGAAUUUCGAGCAUACGCAGCUGUCAAAACAAACGACGUGAUCAGAAUACGGCGUUCGAGUAGUGGCCUUACAAGCACUUUAUUGGCCAAAUUAGACAAAGGCAAUGAGCAACUCAAAGAACCGUCCACUCAGCACGAUUUCAAUUACACAUCUCAUGUGAAUAGUAAAUUGGAAGACAGACAAGCACAUGAUGAUUGCGAGCUCGUUUCACCCACAUUUACUUUCGAGGCGAGCAAGGUACCAGCCGCUCAAGUUUCUAAUACUCACAAAAAAUACAUUUUUAAACGUGCGCACGCACCUGAACGUGGUCUGUCAUCCCUGGUGACCCCACAAAAGAGUGCGGCGUGGCCUGAUGAGAGUGAAGAAUCGUCUCAACGUGCCAUAAUACUUCGUGGCAGAAGUAGAGCGAAUUCUCUGGACAUACUAGAUAGCUUCCCACGAGAAAACUCUAAUCUUGAGAAUGGCGACAAUGUAGGCACGACGAUGGUUAAAAAUCGAAAGAUUAUAAUUGGAAUGGAACGAACACUUUGUACGUAUGGUGAAUCUGCUUCUUCUACGGGAAGAAGACCAUUACAUCGCCGAGCCAGUGAGUCGUGUAUGUCAAGGUCGGCAAAGAAAGCGAACGGGCUAGAUCCGACAAUUGAAGAUUAUUACUUACGAGUAGACAGCCCCGGGGAUGAGAAAUAUGAAGUACAACGGCAACCUUUUACAAUGUCUCAGUAUGUGCAACAGCACACGAACGAAACAUGUUCAGAUGCGAGCAUGUUUUCAGCUGGCAAUUCUGCCGAUGAUCAAUUCGAUACGACAACACAAACAUACAGCACUAGCCAGAUUCAGAAGUGUAACAGCCACCCAUUCUUAGGACAGAGUAGAUCACGAAAACCAUUGAUGAGGCAUGGGCAGGAGAAAUUUGUAAAUGAUCACCAAUCGUCACAAACAUCAUUUGUUCCCAUGACUAUUCACAGUCCUACUGCGGGCCGCAGUUGGCCCGUUCAACCCAGAAUGCCCACAAGUACUGAACCUCGAAAAACUUUAUUAAGACGCGCGAGCACAUACUGUACGCGCAGAAAUAAUAACAAAGGAUCGUUGGGAUAUGGUGGAGAUGAACCGACGGAUAUGUACAACUCUGUAUCGGGGAUGUAUCAAAAUACGUCGUUUGCAGCCAAUACAAAAGAGAAUGGGCAUCAACGAAACACUUUGCGCAGACGAGCAAGCGACACGACGGCUCUCAGGGCGAAGACUGCAAGGAUGCGGCUUGCUGUAUCGCCAUCUACCGGUCAAUCUUGCCAAAAUCCUUCAGACGAAGCUCGAUCAUUGGAUACAGUGGAUAAACGCUGGGAGGACCUACCUGUUCGUCCUUUCGGUAACGGCGGGAGCAACCAACUAUGUAAGCGGAGAGCUAGCGAGUCGGAUAAAAGAUUGGAUGAUUCUAUGGAAGGGUUUUUGCCCAAGAGUAUGAACAUGUUAAAACGGUUUGCAAGACGGGCAAGCUCUACAAGUAGCUUGAAGCAAGCAUCAAUCAAAACUUUCGUCAGCGCUAAAGGCCUGAUGCGUAUGACAUCCAAAGCUGAGCACAAUUGUAGUAUCGUACCAAACCAGACGGGAGAAAUGGAAGACGAUACUCCCGCUGACGUACCUUCGAUGAUUUUCAUGCCGACUCCAGAGGAAGACGACGAAGUAAUUGCGCGAGAAACAGAUGUGCGACGAUUGAGAAGGCGUUUGAGUGAGCGCAAUAUACGCAGACACUCGUUAAGAGUUGACAAUGCAAGGGCGAAGAUACAGCUCAGAACUGAGGAGGAGAAAGGUGGCACAUCAGAGCUUGCCGGCAAAUCUGACGAAAUUGCACCUGAAUUGAUUUGUGUGCAUGUGGCGGAUGAAAAAUCCGGUGGCAGAACAACUAAGAAGGUGUACUACCAGCGUGCGAGGACUCCCGAUUUCGAGCGCUUCGAAGACGGAGGGGCCCCCGCUGUUGCGGUGGAGCUGGAGCGGACGGUGGAGACUGACGAUGCCGGGGUUGUGCGAAAGUCGAUCGAUGAUGCUAGACAUCAGCAUGUUUGCAGCCGAUCAAAAAGUUGUGAAGGAGUGCUUAACCAGAGCUUUGUUCUGGACGGGGAUAGUGGCGAAAUAAAAAGCGCAUCUGCAAUUAUCCAUAAGGGUCGUAUACAAAGGCGCCAAAUGCUCAACUCACAGACAAGCCACGGUACAAGAAUGCCCCAGCAUAGUGAUCGAAACGAGGAAAAGUUCCUUGCACGCAAGUCUGAGUUCAAAUACUUCGACUGA